CAAACGGGAGGCGGUGAUUGGCACUCACUCACACACACGACACGGUGUCCGUCCACAGUGUGGGAUUACAGAGGACAGCGGAGAGGAGUCAUUGACAGAACUGAAGGCACGACUGGAUUCAUAACUUUCCAAUCAACAUGUCAAAGGUAUUCAAGAAGACCGCCGGCAACGGACAUAUUGCCCUGUACUUGGGGAAAAGAGACUUUGUGGACCAUGUGGAUUCAGUGGAAGUAGUCGACGGUGUUGUUAAAGUGGACCCUUCUGGUCUUGACGGCAAAAAAGUGUUUGUCUAUCUUGCGUGUGCCUUCCGCUAUGGAAGCGAAGACUUGGAUGUCAUUGGGCUGUCCUUCAGGAGAGACAUCUGGAUACAGCGUGUUCAGGUGUAUCCACCCACAGGUGAAAACACAGCCAAAUCACCAAUGCAGGAAUCCCUCAUGAAAAAAGUUGGAGAGCAAGGAUGUCCUUUCGCCUUCCAGAUGCCGGCAAACCUCCCAUGCUCAGUCGCCUUACAGCCUGCACCAAAUGAUUCUGGCAAGGCUUGUGGCGUGGACUUUGAGGUGAAAGCAUACGUCGCCAACGCAGCCAACAAUGCAGAUGAAGUCAUUGAGAAGAAGGACACGUGUCGUCUGAUGAUUCGCAAAAUACAGUUUGCACCAGCCAGCAACAAGGCAGGACCCACGGCUGAUAUCACCAAGCAGUUCAUGAUGAGUGACAAACCAGUUCACCUGGAGGCCUCCCUUGAAAAAGAGAUUUAUUACCACGGAGAUCCAAUUGCCGUGAAGGUAAAAAUCAACAACGAAACCACCAAGGUUGUGAAGAAAAUCAAAGUUUCAGUUGAGCAGCUAACAAGCGUGGUGCUGUACUCAUCUGACACUUACACCAAGCCAGUCUGCUGUGAGGAGUUUGGGGAGACAAUUAACUCCAACUCUACAUUUGAGAAGUCCUUCCAAGUCACCCCCCUGCUGGCCAACAACAAGGAGAAGAGGGGUCUUGCGGUGGACGGACGGCUAAAAGACGAGGACACCCACCUUGCAUCAACUACUCUGAGUCAAGGAGACAAGGAGAUGCAGGGAAUCAUCAUCUCCUACAAAGUCAAGGUCAAUCUGAUGGUGUCUGGCGGAGGCCUGCUGGGUGGCCUAACAGGAAGCGAUGUCACUGUGGAGCUUCCUCUCACUCUGAUGUCCCCAAAACCUGCAGGUGAGUGAAGUGUUAAAUGCUUCCUGAGACAUUUCACUUAAACCAAAAACACAGUGCUGAUUUAUUAACCUGUGUCAUGUCACGGUCCUCCCCUUUUAUCCUUCUCCUGCAUGUCAUUGCUGCAUCCUGAGCAGAAGUGUGAGUAUAUUACAGUCUCUAUGAAAAGACAUGCAUUUGCCUGUAGCUUCGAUGUUUGUGACAUGCUGCUUAUAUUUUCUCCUGUGUGUUUGUGUGCUUUAUGAACCACAGCGUAUUGGAUUAAAGGCCUCUUUAGCUCAGGGCGGACAUCUCAAUCGAAGCCAUGGAGGACUGAGACAACCAGCUAAGGAAAAUCAUCUCUCUGACAGAGAACACAGAAUACAAAGGAACUCAACAACGACGAAGAAAAGCACCAAGUGUCACCAAAUCACUACAAUGUUCUUAAUUCAUCUGUAAAUAUACGUUUUUAUUAGGCAUUACUGUGAGAACUCAAAAAGAGUCACUGAAAAGACUCUAAACUCUGAGUGACAUUCCUCUGAUUGCCAUUAUAGCACUGAAUAGAAAUAAACAUGUGUUGUACAUUUUUCUUUGUCAAAAGGAAAGUCCCAUAGUAUGUAGUGUUAUGAAUACCAACCAUGCAGGCAUUUAUUUAUUCUUAAAGUUUAUUGCUGUGUCAUUAGAUACAUUGAUUUGUUGACUGAAUGUACAACUGUGGCUUGAAUAUCCCCAAAACACUCCUACUUGUAACAAGAGAAGUUAAUAAACAUAAAACACCUUUGUUUCCCUGA